UAAACGUCGGUGAGAUGCACCGUGAUCUGUCAUCUCUGUGCUCUCAGCCUCAGCUUCCCCCAUCGAUCCGGCCGCCAACCAUCGACCUCCCACGGCCCUCGGCAUAUAUAAAUUACUACUCCGGCAGAGUGGUGUGUUUCUGCGGGGAAGUGAGUUACUGUACACACAGAGAGGGAGAGGGAGAGAGAGACGAUGGAUCGGAGGAGGAUCACGGUGCUCCUGGUGGAGGACGAGGAGAUCCACAGGGUUGUGGCGAGAGCGGUGCUGAGGGCGGCCGGCGUGGAGGCCGACGAGGCGGAGAACGGGGCGGAGGCGGUGCGGCGCGUGCGGGGGCGCGUCGGAGGCGGCGGCGCCGGCGCGUAUGACCUCAUCCUCACGGACAAGCAGAUGCCGGUCAUGGAUGGCCGCGAGGCGACGAGGCAGAUCCGGGCGAUGGGGGUGACCACGCCGAUCGUCGCCGUGUCCAGCGACAACCUCCCGUCAGACGUCCAGGCCUUCAUCGCCGCCGGCGCCGACGACUUCACGCCCAAGCCGCUGACCAAGGAGAAGCUGGGCCACAUUCUCUCCAAGUUCGGGCUUGCGUAGCCGCCAUUAACUAGGAGUACAGUACUAUUUAACUUGGUUCAGGACGCGAACAUGAUUGGUUCCCGCAGAUGAGGAGGCACAGGUGUUCUUUCUACGAAAGAGCACGAGGUGCCACACUACCUCUCCCCUGCUUCCCGUGGAUGGAUUAUUAGUGCUAGUAUUAAUAUUGUUUCCUCCAUGCUUCGCUCAUGUAAAUAUAUAUAUGGAUUAGUUUUUCGGGGCAUAUUUAUGGAUUAAUUUUUCAUUA